AUGUCAGAUUUUGUUGAACUCAUGAAAAGAGGUGGUAAUCAAGCCAUUACCAUCAACAAACCAGACGGUGUCGAUUUCCAUCUAACCGCUCGUGGUUCAGACUGGUUAUGGACAGCCUUCUGUGUCUUUUUGGUUAUGGCAAUGAUUCUAAUCGGUUUAAUGUUCAGAAAAGCUCCAAAUGAAAGAUUGUUUUACUACACUGCUAUUGCUCCUGUAUUCUUCAUGGCUAUCAAUUAUUUCACUUUGGCUUCUAACCUUGGUUGGACUCCAAUCAAGGCUAAGUACAACCACGUUACCACCACCACCCAACAGGAACACCCAGGUUACAGACAGGUCUUUUACUCCAGAUACAUCGGUUGGUUUUUGGCUUUCCCAUGGCCAGUUAUUCAGGCUUCCUUGCUAGGUGGUACUCCAAUCUGGCAAAUUGCCUUCAACGUUGGUUUGACUGAAACUUGGGUUGUCGCUCUUUUGAUCGCUGCUCUUGUUAAGACCACUUACAAAUGGGGUUACUACUCCUUUGCUAUUGCCGCUGGUGUUGUGGCAUCUAUCAGUGUUAUGACCACUACUAGAAAUUUGGUUAAAAACAUGGGUAAGGAUGUCUUCCAAAUCUUCACUUGUUUCUACGGUGUUGUCAUGUUCCUAUGGGGUAUCUACCCAAUCUCUUUCGGUCUAUCUGAGGGUGGUAACGUUAUCCAACCAAACUCUGAAGCCGUCUUUUACGGUAUCUUGGAUGUCCUACUGCUAGGUGUCGUGCCAUGUCUAUUUGUUGCAUUGGCUAGCUCUGUCGGUUUGGAAAGAUUAGGCUAUGGUCCACAAGCUGCUUUCAGCCCAAUGCCUCACGAGAAGACUAUGAACAGCAUUGCUUCCGCCAGGAACUCUGGUGAGACUGCUGUGUCUACCCCAAAGGCUACUCCAAAGCCAGCUAAGAAGGCAAAGAAAUCAAAGAAAUAA